GUUUUGCCUAAACUUAGCUAUAAAUGAUUUAAUUUUCCUUAUAUAAAAAAAAUUGUAUAGUUGCAUUGCGUGAAAUUGGCUGCAAAAAGAAAGUGCGUGUAUGAUUUCAUUAACCUUUAAAGUCAACUUUGAAAAGCUUUUCCUUCGGAGAGAAGAAGGAAGAGUUGUUACAAAAAACUUUUAUAUCUCAUCAAAUAAUUAUGUCGGAAAGCGUAGCACCUUGUAGCUCUCGGGUAGCAAUGUCUAUUGCUUUUAAACGAGCCCGUCGCAAGUUUCCAAAGAACUUCGGGCUGAUGUCUAAUGCAGAAGAGGCUUACGAAAGCUCUGAACAGCAUGAGGAUUCACCUAGUAAGCCGAAUAAUGAACAAGAGCCAAGACAUGUCGAAACUCGUGGGAUAGGCUCGAUAUCAGAUCAAUUAGAGUCGUCGCUCGUCGAUUCUUUAGAUGCAGUCGAAAUUUCCGACAAAGUUGAAAUUCUUUGUGAUCACUGUGAGUAUUACCCAGAGAAUUUCGAAAGUGCCGAUCAGGAAGUUAUCUCGCCCUUGACGUUGGAAGAGAAAAUUGAGCAUAAUUGUGAUCAGAGACAGUCGAACCAUCCGAACGAAUUCGUAAUUGCUUGCGAAGCUUCUGCGAAAAACGACAGGCCAAACUAUGCAUUUCACGAAAGCAAUCGUAGUAUCAACUUGGCUUGGAAAGAAGAAUCAGAUAACUGCGAAAAUAUGGACUCAGACGUCGAAGGCUCAAGAAUUUACGAAAUCCCACAAAAGUUCUACGAGAGACGCAGCGAAUCCACGCCGUCGAGGAGAAAAGCUAAUCACAAGUGCAAAAAGAGUUCGACGCGCUCUUCCACACGACACUCGUGCGGCUCGUACUUCGCACCUAUGAAUCACGCUUGCGACGAUGACGGAUUGCUGCACUCGCCGGAUUGUCCGUACUACAAUCACUACUGCUUUCAUCAGCGCUGUCAUCGAUUUUGCUGCUGUCGCAGUUGCUGUUGCUGCAGUCGUAGCUGUUCUAGUUGCCAGGAUCACAUGGCCAACUCGAUGCACAUCCACGAACCAUCAACGGCAUCCUGCAGAAGGCCAUCGUCUCAUCGCAAAAAGCGAGAAAGGUGCUCCACGUGCCAAAGGCGUUACUCGAGUCCUUCUAAGAUUCCUUCAACUCGACGGGCGGAUACUUGCAGUCGAGAUUCCGGAAUAUUCACGAGCGUGCGCUACGAGAACGAUGACUACGACGAUGGCCUCUCCAACAACCUGGAGCACAAGGAUUCUCUGUGCCUUCUUCAGAAUAAGUACAAAAUGGGAAGUCGCAAGAGAGGCGAGUGCUCGAAGAGAGAGGAUAAAUAUUCGACAAAGAGGCCUGAGCAGAUCGACGGAGCUUCGGAGGAGGAUGAUAAGGAGACGAAGAAGAGCUCGAGCCGGAAGUUUUGUAGACGACUUUUGAAUAGAUGCAGUAACUCGUAUUAAUUUAUUUUUAUAAAUCUUUACAAGUGUCACGCGACGAAUCAAGUAUAGAUCCUUUAAAAUAAUUUUUCUAUCUCUUUAUGCUAAAAUAAAAAUAUUUUCGAUUUUUUAA